AUGAUUGAGCCGUCGCUGCGCCUCCGCCGUGCAAUUUACAGAGGCGAUUCGACCCUCGUUGCCCGAAUCCUGAAAUCUCACCCAAAUUUGCUUCACAACCCAGACACUACACCCUCCACUAUACAUACACCGAGUGGUCUUUCUAACACUUCUUUACACCUAGCAGCUUCACUCGACAGCGUUAGCAUCUGUCGACUACUUCUUGACUUGGGCCACGAAGGAACACCUGGAUCCCCACAGAUUUCUCUCAAUGAGAAUUACGAUACGCCACUGCAUCUAGCCGCUAAGGAGGGCCAUACAGAUGUUAUCCAUAUACUUUGCGAGCGUUGUCCUACGAGCAUCCCAAGGCGAAAUGUACGUGGAAUGAAUGCAUUGAUGCUAGCUGCAAUGGGAGGCCAUGAUACUGCCGUGCAACUUCUUUUGACUUACGCACCUGGUGGGUUAGAGAGUCAAGAUAAUCCCAAUGAACUCUUGAAUGCUGCUGAUCACGACGGAAAUACAGCAUUGCACUUCGCUAGCAUGUAUGGGCACGUACUAGUCUUGCGGACCCUAUUAGCUGCUGGAGCUGAUUGGGAAAAACGAAAUGGCUGGAGUUGGCAGCCAGUUAGCUACAGUGCCACUGUCCAGGCUGAGGUUCACUAUAAGGGAUUGGUAGGCGAGAUUGAAAAGAGGAAUAACCAAAAAGAUUCUCAAGAUAUCAAGAAUAGUGGAAUGAGUACGACACGACAUAUGUCAAACGCACGUGGUGAAGAAACUUAA